CUUCUCCGUCUGAUUGGUUAUGUCUAAUCAAAAUGGCGAUCCUCAUGUGAGGGACGAAUGCUGUUUACUCGUUACAUUUUGACCAUUAAUACCGGACAUAUAUCAAAUCAUCUCUGAAUCAGCCAUGUUAUCAAGCAUGGCUUUAAGAAGUGCUUUUAAAUCGACAUCUGUCGUUCUGCGAGAAUGUGGUGUUUUAUCCAGGCUGAAAGGAACCUAUGCGUCUCUCCAAUUGAAACAUGGGGCAUUCACCUCUGUCACCACAGGGCCUUCACACAGCCACAAUGAGACUGCAUUGACAGGUAUUGGGAGUUUCGCCAUUCAGUCUGUGAGAAACUAUGCCCGUGUCGUAAGAAAGAAGAAGCCAGUGAUGACAAGUCAGUUGAGUGAUCUUCCUCCGACAAUGCUGAAAAUGGAAUAUGCCGCUGUUCCACUCGCUCAAACAGCUGAUGACCUUGUCAAAAGACUUCUGACACUGGAACUAGCAAGCCAUAGCGAGAAGUUGAAAUUGAAAACGGAGCAGCUGAUUGCAAAAGUCCAGAGGGAUGAAGCUGACCGCAGCUCUUCAGAAGUCAAGGUGGCCAUUUUGACCUCCAAAAUCCGAAACUACCAGGAGCACCUGCACAAACAUACAAAGGACAAAGCGAACAAGCGAUGGAUGCUCAUGGCCAUUGACCGCAGGAAGAAGCUGCUCAAGCACCUCAGGGUAACGCGCUACGACGCCUUUGAACAUGUCUGCCAGCAGCUGGGCAUCACCUACACUUUCCCUCCGGAGUACUACAGACAUGCCACCCGACGCUGGCUGGCCAAGAAGGCCCUGUGCAUAAAGGUCUUCAAAGAGGUGCAGAAACAGAAACUGGAGCAAAGGAAGAAAAUUAAGCAGACCCCUCCCCCCACGUUGGCAGAACCAGCCAGGACAGCAGCUACAGGAACCCAAUAAACUGCCAGAGUAUCCAAUGUCUGUCUUACUCUAUGCAUUCAGUCUUGCUCUCAAUGGACAAAUUAGUUUUGCAUGGCCCAGUGAGCGGGGUUUGCUCCUUUUCGACCAUUCCAUUUGUCCUAAGGAGAAAUCUCCACCCACCCAUGCCACCAGUUCAUGUAAAAUUAAUUUUCCCAUGUAUUGUUAUACUGUAAUAAGAAACAUGAAUAACUUAUUGUCUGUAGUACACCAAGUCUUCAUUCUUCUUGUCCCUUCUGCAAGUAGAUGCAUCAUCAAAUAAAUGCAGUGAUGCAGAUAUGUGGUUUUGGUGUGGGCAAUGUCUAUGUGCUCUGCAUAUGUGACCUGAGAGUGUCAAAUAAACCCACAAUGAAUAAUUUAAUACAAUUUAUUGUAUAAUCCAUUUGUUUGCUCUUUUAAAAAAAAAAACUUUUAUCUCAUAUAGUCACUUGUGUAUGGUGAUAUGUAAAUACCCCAAUUGAGAGAGAAAACACUUCUACUUGAUGCUGAUUAAAAUGCUAAUGAAAGAUGAGAAAAGAGAACAUUACGCCCUAUGGUUGAACUGUGGUUGAAACUGAAGUGUAAGAUUAAUCAUAUGAUGACUUUCCUGAACAUAGCUUGUAAUCGUGUUUACGAGAACUGAAAGAACAUCAGAUAUCUGGUGUUUAUCGACCGACCUAUGUUAAACCAAGGUUAUACUCAUGAUCUGUCACCUGUGAAUUGACCUUAAAACCUAUAAUACUGUGGAAUGGUGAGGUCAUUAAACAACUUAACUGUC